GCCGCGGCUGCGCUCGCCAGCCUCCCCCGCCCGCCCGCGGCGCAUUUGCAUGGUCCCCGUCCCCGGAGCGGCCGGCGGGCGGGCAAGCGGGCGAGGGAGGAUGGCCGGGAGGCCUCGGCAGGGCAGCCGGAGCGCCGAGGACGACGAGCUACCCGUGUACUUGGCUCGGCCCGGCACGGCUGCCCAGACCCCCCGGCAGAAGUACGGCGGGAUGUUCGCCUCGGUGGAGGGCGCCUUCGAGAACAAGACCAUCGACUUCGAGGCCUACAGCGUGGGCCAGAAGGGCGCCCGCACCCCGCGCAGCGGCAGCCGCCCCGAGCUGCUGGACCGCGCCGGCGAGAUGGGCAGCGACAGCAGCGAGGUCUCCAGCCCCGCCGUCAGCUCGCCCAGCGGGGAGGGCGACGGGCAGCCUCUCCGCCUGGAGCUCGGGCGCCCACUCGCCAAGGAGUCCUGGCGGGGCCCGGAGGACCGCAAGAGCGAUUGCUUACUCAUUAAAGAUGGACGAAUUAUCAAUGAUGACCACUCCUUCUAUGCAGAUUUGUACCUAGAAGAUGGACUUAUAAAACAAAUUGGAGAGAAUUUGAUUGUUCCUGGAGGAGUGAAAACCAUUGAGGCAAAUGGCCUGAUGAUUAUUCCGGGAGGUAUCGAUAGCAACACCUCUCUACGGAAGUCUGUCCAAGGCUUAGCAGCAGUUGAUGAUUUCUGUCAAGGGACAAAGGCUGCUCUGGCUGGAGGCACGACCACAGUCAUUGACCACGUCCUUCCAGAGCCUGGCUCCAGUUUAUUAACUUCAUUUGGAAAGUGGAAAGAGGCAGCGGAGAGCAAAUCAUGCUGCGAUUACUCUCUCCAUGUGGAUAUCACUGACUGGUAUGAUGGAAUCCAGGAAGAUCUCAAAAGUCUGGUGCAAGACAAAGGUAUUAAUUCUUUCCAAGUCUACAUGGUCUACAAAGAUCUCUACCAAAUGACUGAUUGUCAGCUCUAUGAAGUAUUUACAUUUCUGAAAAGUCUUGGAGCUGUUAUCAUGGUGCACGCGGAAAAUGGGGAUCUGAUAGCUCAGGAGCAAAAGCGGGUGCUGGCGAUGGGAAUAACAGGACCAGAGGGACACGCUUUGAGCCGACCCGAGGAGCUUGAAGCAGAAGCUGUAUUCCGGGCUAUCACUAUAGCUAAUCGGGUCAACUGCCCCGUCUAUGUCACCAAGGUUAUGAGUAAGAGUGCUGCUGAUGUAAUCUCACUGGCUAGAAAGAAAGGUGCUCUGGUAUUAGGGGAACCAAUCACAGCGAGUCUGGGCACAGAUGGGACUCACUAUUGGAACAAGAAUUGGGCUAAGGCUGCAGCGUUUGUCACCUCACCACCUCUGAGUCUGGAUCCCACAACACCUGACCAUUUGACCUCGCUUUUAGCAUGUGGUGACCUGCAGGUGACUGGAAGUGGCCACUGUACUUACAGCACUGCCCAGAAGGCUGUUGGGAAAGAAAACUUCACUCUUAUUCCAGAAGGAGUUAAUGGAAUUGAAGAAAGAAUGAUGGUUGUCUGGAAUAAAUGUGUUUCUACAGGUAAAAUGGAUGAAAACCAAUUUGUUGCCAUUACUAGCACUAAUGCUGCCAAAAUCUUCAGUCUGUAUCCACGAAAGGGCAGGAUUGAGGUUGGCUCUGAUGCGGAUCUUGUGAUCUGGGAUCCCGAGAAGGAGAAGACAAUCACAGCAAAAAGUCAUAAAUCGGCUGUUGAAUAUAAUAUUUUCGAAGGCAUGGAAUGCCGUGGGGCUCCCCACAUAGUUAUUAGCCAAGGGAAGAUUGUAUUUGAGGAUGGAAAUCUUUCUGUGAGGAAAGGAAUGGGCCGUUUCAUCCCUCGAAAUCCUUUCCCUGAAUAUCUUUAUCAACGGAUCAAAACUAGGAAUAAGGUAACAGAAUUACAAGGUGUUUCCCGAGGAAUGUACGAUGGGCCAGUCUAUGAAGUUUCAGCAACUCCUGCAAAAUACACAACACCUGUCCCAUCAACUAAAACGUCACCUGCCAAAAAUCAGCCUCCACCAAUCAGAAACCUUCACCAGUCUAAUUUCAGUUUAUCAGGCGCUCAAGUAGAUGACAACAACCCACGCCGCACCGGACACCGCAUCGUGGCACCGCCUGGAGGCCGCUCCAACAUCACUAGUCUCGGAUGAGCAUAAAUGGAAACUGGCCACGAAGAACGAAGCGAAGGAUUUUAAUUCUCCUCUGCGCCCGUGUUCCUUAGCCCACCUUUCAUCCAUUGCUAUGCGAGAAAAAAUAAUUUGUCCCAAGAGGUAGUGUCAUAGUGUGAUGUGUUUGCUUGGAAUGAAUCCCCUCGGCUGUGUUUGCCAUCUUAAAAGCAUGAUCCGCCAGUGCUCCGUGAGCAGCAGUGCUGCUCGGAGCUCUGCUUGCAGUAGAGGUGCUCCUUCCCGCCCCUCUUCCCCUUUAGCUUCCCCCUAGACUAGGCAACGCAUGUUACUGAAGCAAGUUGCAGUGGUGAGUCUCCCUUAGAGCAAGGCCGCCUGCCGCGUUUGGAGAGACG